AUGACCGAACCAUACAUGAUCAACGUGGGCGGCCGCUCAUUCACUACGCUCAAGUCUACACUUGAACGGUCACCAUUCUUAAACGCAAUGCUCUCGAAUCAGUGGGCUGGGUGUACUUGUUACAUCAACGGGAUGCCUUUUGUCGAUCGAAGCCCCCUUCUAUUCGAACAUAUCCUGGACUUCUUACGAAGCUCAGUACCUCCGAUUUUCUGGACACGAAUGAAUGGCUUUGAUCUGCCUUUGUAUGCGAGCUUGAUCCAUGAAGCCGAGUAUUUCCAACUCGAAGCGCUUACUACUUGGAUCCGAAACGAAGAGUAUAUCAACACAAUUUUAAUCACCUCAUCUAUAGAUGUAAUACCAUUGAGGGAAUGUAGUGAUGGAAAGUCGCAUCUGGGCAACAUCGAGCAAGAGUUCGAACCUGGGGAAGUAUCGACUGCAUCCAGAUCUGGCAAAUCUACCACUUAUUGCAAACGACUCCUCCUACGGAAGAGUAGAUUGCGACUUCCUGAAAUUCUUUAA